AUGGAGUACGCUCGUUAUUUUCGAGAGGAAGACAUAGAUGAAUUCAGGGAAUGUUUUUACCUGUUUGCGAGAAAUGGUCAGAUACGUACUUUAGAUGAACUCACAAUCAUUAUGAGAUCCUUAGGGUUGAGUCCCACUAUUGCAGAAUUAAAUAAAUACUUAAAGGAGAAAGGUGGAAAAAUGUCCUUUGCUGAUUUUUUGGAGGUGAUGCAUUUACAAACAAGAGCAGAGGAUCUUCCAAAAGAGGUGAUAGAAGCCUUUCAAGCAGCAGAUAAAUUUAGAACAGGUAACCUACCUGCCAGACAGUUAGCUCACAUGUUACUCCAUUGGGGUGAACAAUUAAGUACUAAAGAAGUGGAACAGAUUUUCAGAGAGGCGAAUGUAUCUCCAAAUGGACAAGUUAAAUAUGAAGACUUUGUUAAAAUAGCCUGUGCACCUGUACCUGACUACUAUUAA